CUCUGAAAACCGGUCGUGUCCAACCUCCUGUUCACAUCACACCAGGGAUGCAGAUGCCACAUUGCCGGCCUCAGAAUCUCCCACUGAUUCUUCUGGGAACUAUGUUGCUGGCAAGAAAUUGGACUACUGUGAAGAGCCAAGUCCUGUACGAGCAUGAAAGAGAACCAGCCUACUGGGAUGCCAAGGCCAAGGAGACACUGGAUGCUGCGUUGAAACUCCGCCCUCUGGAGCACCAGGCCAAAAACAUCAUCUUGUUCCUUGGAGAUGGGAUGGGUGUGUCCACUGUGUCAGCCGCUCGGAUUCUUGAAGGUCAAAUGGAAGGCAAUGCAGGGGAGGAGACAGUACUGGCAAUGGACACUUUUCCAUAUGUGGCACUUUCUAAGACAUACAGUGUAGACAAGCAGGUGGCAGACAGUGCUAGCACAGCUACAGCCUACCACUGUGGAGUGAAAGCCAACGCCAAAACCGUUGGACUGAGCGGCAAUGCAGUGGCCUAUGAAUGUAAUACCACUUUUGGCAACGAGGUCUACUCCGUACUGCGACGUGCAAAAGCCAAAGGUAAAUCAGUUGGUAUUGUGACUACAACUCGGGUCCAGCAUGCAUCACCAGCUGCUGCCUAUGCCCACUCAGUCAGCCGUAGCUGGUACAGUGAUGCAGAUCUUCCAAGUAGUGCACGCCAUCAAGGUUGUGUGGACAUCGCCACUCAACUAGUUACCAACGUUGACAUUGAUGUGAUCCUGGGGGGAGGGAGGAUGUAUAUGACACCAAAAGGCACGUCCGACCCUGAGUAUCCAACUUCAAACUCUCGCAAGGGAGACCGCAAAGACCGGAGAAACCUUAUAGACGUCUGGUUAAAAGCUAAACCAAACAAGAGUUCGCACUAUGUUUGGCACAGGAAGGAUUUUGACCAAAUUAACAUUGAAACUACUGACCGGCUCAUGGGUCUGUUUGAGCCAAAGGAUAUGAGGUUUGAGGUUUUCCGAAACACCACCCGUGACCCCUCUAUUGUUGAGAUGACGGAGAAAGCCAUUCAAAUACUGAGCAAGAACCCAAAUGGCUAUUUUCUUUUUGUGGAAGGAGGAAGAAUUGAUCACGGACACCACGAUGGAAUAGCAAAACUUGCACUAACAGAGGCUGUGAUGUUUGACCGAGCAAUUGAACGAGCAUCACAGCUCAGCAGAGAAUCUGAUACAUUAACUGUUGUCACGGCUGACCACUCUCAUGUCUUCACUUUUGGUGGCAACACACCCCGAGGAAAUCCAAUUUUUGGGCUUGCACCAAAAAAAGCAGAUGACCAAAUGCCUUUCACCAGCAUCCUGUACGCAAACGGCCCUGGUUAUGUGCAUAUAAAUGGAACCAGAGGGAACAUCACGAUGGUGGAUUACUAUGAUGAGGAGUACAUGCAGCAAGCCGCUGUCCCUCUUGACGCUGAGACACAUGGUGGGGAAGAUGUGGCUAUUUAUGCCAAAGGCCCCAUGGCUCACCUCUUCCAUGGAGUAAAAGAACAGAAUUAUGUGGCUCAUGUUAUGGCCUACGCUGCCUGUUUGGAACCCUACACCGACUGUCCCCCACAUUCUCAUUCCCAUACAUCCGCUGCAUGUGUGACAACACCCUCAAACCUAAUAUUUGGACUAAUCGGCUUCCUCUGGCUGUCCAGAUGACAUCCAGACACAUACAUUUGCCACACGCAUAAAUGGACACAACUGUUAAUAGUGCAACACAAAGUAUCUUUGCAGUAGGCAUGUUUGGCAAAAAAAAAAAAAAAAAGUAAAUACGUAUAGAGCUCUCCCAUUUUAAAAUCAAGCAACAAUGCAGCCGGUAGUGCAAAUUCACAAACAAGAACAAUCAAAAUAUGUAGGGCCUUAUGUGGGUAUUUCAUGUUGGUAACUAAAAUGUGAUGGGCAGGUUUCUGUCCUAAUCUCAUUUUUAGAUUGUUACACAAUAACUUGAAGGCAACAGGGAAGUUGAAGUUCAUUCUGUAGAAGUUUAUUUUGACACUGAAUGGACUGGACUCUAAACACAGAGCACAUUUUGCCAUGCCAAGCUCUAACACCAGUAGUCCUUAAGAAUUUAUAAUAAUACUGUAUAUCUUUCCAGGUGUUUAGGAUGUUUUGUAUGUAGAGGUGUGAAAUCUGCACCUCAUGGGCACCGCAGUUGAAUUUUCUGUUUGUCCAGGUUGCUGUCACUUACCAGUUUUCAUUGUCCAUGAAUGUAUUUUGUAUGCAAAAUGUUUUUUAUACAGUGUUUUUGUAGACGGUUUGUUAGAAAAAUAAAUAAUAUUAAUGAUGCCUUAUUCAUCAAUAGUGUUAUC